ACUAAUUGGAACACCUGCCAACGCCUCUUUGCAUUAUCGUCACUAUCUCUGCACGACUAGUUACAUGGGCGACUCGCAAGCCAAAGGCCGAGCUCAUAGGCCGCACACGAAAUCCAGGGGAGGAUGUAGCCGAUGCAAAGCCCGAAAAGUGAAGUGCUCAGAAACACGCCCUUCAUGUGCUUCCUGUUUACGCGGCAAAACAGCCUGCGAAUACCCGUCUGAACGGGGCGGCGGACAUAAAAUAUCCAAUGUAUCAACACCUCUUGCAACACAAGCAUCAUCUCCCACCCCUCCAUAUAUCUCAGCGCGAGAUUUUGAAAAGACGGUGUCAGUGGAGUCCACAGAACGUCGACUUCUAGAAAUGCGUCUUAUGCAUCAAUUUACUUCAUUCACGACAAGGAAAGAUUGGUUGUCUCUGCAUGACCAGGACGUUUCAGACAUGUGGCAGGAGUACGCUCCGACUCUGGCAUUUGAGCACCACUUUCUUCUGAACGCCAUAAUCUCUGUUGCCGCGCUUCAUUUGGCCAAGAUCCAACCCGAGCGGCAAGACAUGGCCGACACUCAUCGCACAUAUUUCAAUGCGGCAAUCAGUCAACAUCGUCGCGCCGUCCGAGAAAUAAGUACGUACAAUGCAGAGGCGGUCCUAAUAUCCACCGUUCUCAUCGCGCUCCCGGCUUUCAUCCUUCUCCAGAGCACGGAGUUGAUUUCCUACUCGCCUCCAUUACAACUAUUUUACAUUCUGGCCGGCAAUGUCCCUAUCUUCCAGCAAGGCUUACCUUUGGUAUCUCAGUCCAGCAAGGUUAUGUGCAUCCUGACCGCCAAACCGAACAUAGCCGAUUUUAUAAGUGAAGCUUCUCUCAAUAUAUAUUUAGAGCCCUUCACUCAACUUACAACUUGGCGGGCCACGGACGAGACUGUGGAUUCAGAGAGCCAGAAUGCAUACCAAUUCGCACUCGGCUUUAUAGGUUGCGUACUCAGUCGCAUUGAAAGUGGUCAGACGGACGCAUCCCAAAUCCGGAGACUCAUCUACGCAUUCCCCAGUGUAGUAGGCCCAGUUUUCGUCGAAAGGCUUAGCGAGGGUAUUCCAAGGGCGCUGGUGAUUCUUGCAUACUUUUUCUGUCUGGCUAAGGCGGUUGAUAAUGUUUGGUGGAUGAGGGGUAUUGCUGAGAGAGAAGUGUUUGGUAUCCAGACCAAACUGCCGGAAGAGUGGCAGUGGGCAAUGGCUUGGCCGCUGCAAAAGUUGGUUGGGUUCGCUGCUUUGACAUUACAAACGAGGCAAGCUGAAGGACAAACGAUGAUCCCUUCGUGAUGCAUUCAGCUAAGAGAAGGGAAAUAUUCAAGGCAAAGAGUUCAACCGUUUGAGAUAAAUGAUAAACCUCCUGGCGCUCGAGAAGACGAGGUUCAGAGUGUUAGACCUUCUUACCGAUGCACGCGCAUCGGCCAAUAGAAAUAUAUGCUCUUUGUGAACAUUCGUCCAUGUUUCUCCUAUUUAAGGCAAUUUAUUCCUAUACAUGUAAAACAACACCCAUGUGGAAGCAGAA